CUCUUAUAAAUGCCAACUUGCCAAGGCCACGAAAAGACAACCAUCCAUCCACUAGUAUACAAAUAGAAUAAUUGUAUAGUUUCCUAGGCAAUCCUCACCCUCAUUCUUCUGCUACUGUUCAUCUCAUUUGAGUUCUUCCCAUCCAUGAGAGGAAACCAAAAAACAAUUCACACCACCUGCAUAAUAGUUCUUCUAUCAACCCUAACCCUAUAUCUCUUGAUCACCCUUGUCCCCGUCAACCUGCUCGAGAUCUCACCAACACCAUGGUCAUGUUGGUCUCUCACUCUUACUGAUCAUAACAAUGUGAAGAAGAACACAGAGUCAGGAGAGAGAUGCGACAUGUUUCAUGGGAAGUGGGUUCAGUACCCAAAUGGACCUUACUACACCAAUGAGUCUUGCAAUGUGAUCUUUGAUCAGCAAAACUGCAUGAAGUUUGGGAGACCAGACAGAGAGUUCUUGAAGUGGAGGUGGAAACCAGACAACCACUGCGAGCUACCCAUCUUUGACGCAGUUGGGUUCUUGGAGCUUGUAAGAGGGAAGUCUAUGGCAUUUGUUGGGGACUCUGUGGCAAGAAACCAAGCUCAAUCCUUGUUGUGCCUCCUAGCCACAGUGGUCUAUCCUUUAGAUGUGUCCGAGACCAAAGACCCAAGGUUCAGGCAUUGGCUAUACAAGGAUCACAACUUCACCUUGGCAACUUUCUGGUCACCAUACUUGGUCAAGGCCAUCAACACCUAUCCCACAGGCCCAACCUAUGACCGCCUUGUGAACCUCUAUCUAGACCAGCCCAACGAGGACUGGGCCAACGAGAUCGAAUCAUUUGACUACGUUAUCUUGUCGGCUUCCCAGUGGUUCUUCGGUCCACAAAUAUACUACGAAAACCACCACGUCAUUGGGUGCUACAACUGCCACGUCAACAACCUAACAAGCCUCACCAAGUUCUACGGAUACAGAAAGGCCUUUAGAACAGCUUUCCAAGCCCUGUGGAACAGUCAAAACUUCAAGGGAGUAACUUUUCUGAGGACUCUGUCGCCUGCGCAUUUUGAGAAUGGGGAAUGGAACAGAGGGGGGAGGUGUUCGAGGACGAGGCCUGCUACGGGCCGGGAAAUGAGGUUGGAGGGUGAUAGCUUGAAGUUCUACCUGAUUCAAGUGGACGAGAUGAAAAGGGCAGUAGAACAAGGAGCGAGAAGGGGGUUGAAAUUUAGGUUGUUGGAUACAACUGAAGCUAUGGUGUUGAGGCCAGAUGGGCAUCCGAACCAUUUUGGGCAUUGGCCACAUGAAAAUGUGACUAUUGCUGACUGUGUCCAUUGGUGCUUGCCUGGCCCCAUUGACACUUGGAAUGAGUUCUUGUUUCAAAUGUUGAAAAUGGAAAUGCUUUCUAACUAAAUGAAAAUCAUGUAAAGUCCUAAUUGAACAUGUCACACUUGUUCUUUUGCUUCCUUUUUUUUUUUUCCCCUCCAUAACUUGUGAAUUGGACUGUAGAACAAAUCCAGUUACUUGAACUCGACUCAUGUUUAACUCAUUAAGAACUCGUUCAAUAUCAAUUCGUUAAAAACUCGUUCAA